AUGAAUGAUUUCUCGCUAGACUUCUCUAACCCGUCGCGCGAUGAUGAUGUUCAACAUGGCGGGGUCUCGUUGCCACCAUCCCUGUCGCAAGACCCCUUGAUGAGCUUCCCCAAUGUGGGGAAUUAUGGCUUCGAUCCCCUCAUGUCGUCUCAGGGUACUGGACUGUCGAUGCACAACUUCGAUCGUCAUCCAGCACAGAACGGGGAGUUGGAGAAUCGCCUUGACAAUGUCAUGCUCGCCGCUCCUUAUGAUCCGACGACCAACCUGCCCAUGAGCCUGGAGCCGGCCAAUGACUUCCCUUACGCCCCGGCAUCCUACCCUACGACCUCCAUGGGACUCACGCCGAUGGAUCAAUCCCAACUGCAUCCAUCAUUUUCGCCCUACCAAUCCUUGCCACCCCAGGCCCAAUACAUGCAACCACAACCACAACCACAACCGCAGCCACAACCGCAGCAGCAGCAGCAGCAGCAACCACAGUCUCGCCAUGUCCCUCCCCCACGCCAGGGGCCUUUCAAUACUAGCUCCAACUCUACUACGGCAAGCUUCGAGGACUCGGACUUCUCUCGAACAAGCGACCAACCUCAGAUUCGUGGACCUCGAGUGAUUCAAGAGCGCGCCCGCCCACGCCAGCCACCCUAUGCGCCGUCUACAUAUCGACCCCAGCCGGUCGCAAUCCAACCAAAGAGACCAGCCAUGGCCAAACGUAACUCCCCUGGACUGACUACUCUCGAUGCUGCCAAGUCAGAGCACACCGGUAUCUACUCUACUAGUGGAUUUGACGUUCUUGGAGUUUUGAGUCGAGUCGCUGUCCGCCCAAAUCCCAAGAUCAACAUCGGUGCUGUUGAUUUAUCCUGUGCAUUUGUACUCUGCGACGUCUUGCGGGAGGAUCAUCCCAUUGUCUAUGUGUCAGAUGCCUUUGAACGCCUCACUGGCUACACUAGAGAUGAAAUUGUUGACCGAAACUGCCGUUUCCUCCAAGAUCCAAAUGGUGAUCUGAAGGCGGGGAUGAAGCGGACUUUCGUCGAUGGUCAAACUGUCUUUCGUCUGCGUUCGACAAUUCAGGAACGCAAUGAGAUCCAGGCUAGUAUUAUCAACUACCGUAAGGGUGGACAGCCCUUCAUGAAUCUGAUUACCAUGAUCCCCAUCCAGUGGGAUUCGGAUGAGUAUCGGUUCUAUGUUGGAUUUCAGGUCGAUCUGGUUGAGAAGCCAGACGCCAUCACCCGAAGGAACGCUGAUGGUACAUACAGCAUCAACUACCAACGGGAUCAGCUACCCCAGUAUAUGGUGCCGCCGCCAGAUAUCUAUCGCAUGCGACCUGAUCUGGUGACCAGAUUUGGCCAUGAAGAAGUGAGCAGCAUUCUCAAUGCCGUUGGUGUCUCAGGGUCCAAUUUAUCUCGCAACUAUCUGGAUCGCAUCCUAGUUGAAAACACUGAUGAUGUGAUCCAUGUGUUGUCCUUCAACGGCGAGUUCUUAUAUCUAUCCCCUUCAUGUAAGAAGGUAUUAGAGUACGAUGCAAUUGAGCUAGUGGGCAAGACACUAUCGACCAUCUGCCACCCAAGUGAUAUCGGAUCUGUGAUUCGUGAUAUGCGCGCAAGCACAACAUCGGCUCCAAUCAGUGUUGUGUACCGAAUUCGCCAGAAAUACAAAGGGUACAUUUGGUUUGAAAGUCACGGUGCUUGGCACAUUGAUCCAAACCAAGGCCGUAAACAUCUUGUAAUGACCGGCCGCCCUCGACCUGUCUAUUCCCUAAAUCAAAUUGCCGGCCUGGGUUCUUCGGCGGCGCUGGCAGAAAAUGAUGUCUGGGCCAAGGUCUCUUUAUCAGGCGUCAUAUUGUUUGUCACCUCCAAGGUCAAACCUGUACUCGGACGGACCGUUGAUGACCUGAUUGGAAAAGGGUUACAAGAGCUCAUGGAGCCCGAAGAGGGAUCUGAUUCUGUUUCGGUUGCACUUGAGAAAGCUUCCUCUGGUGCCACCCACGAGCCGGGCAAAAAGAACGAGUCACAGGAGCCACCAUCCUUCCGGCACCAGAUGCGACACAAAAAGGGCCACUCGCUUUCUGCUCACACGACUUUGUACGCGGGCGAUUCUGUGUCAGGAUUUCGGCCUUCGUUCCUUGUCGCGCAGAUUCGAUUUGCACGAGCAUUUCCACCAUCAUCUACUGCUCAGGCUGCUGCCGACGAUGAUGCGAUAGCUAAUGUUCCCGGUUCAAGCAAGCAAACCACCCUUACCACUUCCGAUUCUCUACCCCCUCGCCAAUACGGGGCUCUUGGGCAACACAUGCCCGAUUUAUCCAACUUAAUCGGUCUAAACGGUUUACCUUCAGGAAACCGUGGAUCACCAUCCGACAUCCCUGCCACUUUCUUCACCGAAUUGAAUCCCACCCGUGGGUCCAGCUGGCAAAUAGAGUUGCGUGAACUAGAAAAACAAAAUCGGACUUUGUCCGAUGAGCUCCAGCGCCUACUCAAUCGACGCAAGAAACGCAAGCGCAAGCAGAGUGCAUUCUCCGUUGAGAAGUCAUGCGGGAUGUGCAGCACCAAAAAUACACCAGAAUGGCGACGUGGUCCGAGCGGGAAUCGAGACCUAUGUAAUAGCUGUGGUUUACGGUGGGCAAAACAGAUGCGUCUUCAGGCACAGGCUGGAGCUACAUCAUCAGCUCCUCAAGCGGUACCAACCACCGUGGCACAAUAA